AUGGUCCUCAUUAUAGUGGACUACAUCAGUGCUCCAUUUUCUCGUCGAAACGGUGAACUUUUCCUCAACUAUGGCAACGAGAAAUUAUUUUUCUCUUCAGCGCAACGUGAUAUGUUGACGCAUGAGAUUCUGACGCAGAUUGAUAUUAGCCGUGACUUAGCAGAAGUGAAUCGGAAAGAAGUAGAAGAAGAGUCACAAGAAUCUGUGAUUAACGAGCAGCCGCUUAAACGCAAAGGACUGCAGUAUCUUAGAAUGAAGAAAUCUUAUGAGGACUCCUUCAUAUUACAUGAACCUAGCAAGGAGGAGCCAUACUUUCGAAGGAUGCGAGAAAAUUCGCUUGUUACGUAUCUAGAACUAAUGCAAGAAAUAGAGAAAGACCCUAGAAAGAAACUGAGCGAUCUCUGGAGCAGAUUUUUACGUUUCCAACCACUUGGAGUGAUUCGGGAAUAUUUCGGAGAACAGAUUGCAUUCUAUUUCGCCUGGCAAGGAACCUUCUUAACAAUGCUUUGGCCAGCAACUUUUUUGGGUUUAGCUGUAUUCGUUUUUGGCUUCACAAAAAGUGUGCGAACCAAUCCAGCCACAUUCGGAAACUGCACUGUGGUAAACUAUUCUGGCGAAACUAUUUUAAUUCCUUGUAACUUACGAAAUAAAAUGUCUCAGUUCUUCACAACUUUAUCAUCCUGGUUUAUGAAGUCUUUUGACAAUGAAUUGAACGCGUUUUUCGCCGCAUUCAUGUCGAUUUGGGGAACAAUGUUCUAUCAAAUCUGGCGGAGAAACAACGCAGUGCUCGCUUACGAGUGGGAUUGCGAAGACUUCAAUGAAGUGGAGCCAGAUCGGCCGGAAUAUCAUGGAAGGUCAAAAAGGGAGGAUCCUGUGACUGGAGAAACGGAAUAUUUUAACCCAAAUAUAAUUCGUGUAUUCAAAUACACGGUCUCGUGCCUCAUCGUCAUUUUGAGCAUGUGCCUAGUCGUGAUCAGUGUUUUGUUGGUCACCUUGUACAAACUAUGGGCCAUAUCGGCGCAGGAUUGCCGCAAAGAGUAUACUUUUUCUUGCUCAGUCUUCACAGCUUUUGUGCCUUCAUUGAUGAAUACACUUUCAACAAUGAUUCUUGGUAGCGUUUACGGGUGGAUCGUCGUAAAGCUGACGGAUUGGGAAAAUCAUCGCACAAACUCCGAGUAUCACAACAGUCUUGUGAUCAAGAUGUUUGCCUUACAGAUGGUCAACAACUAUACAUCGCUUUUCUACAUAGCUUUUGUUAGACCUGAAAACAAUGGUUUCCAACAGAAAGGACUGUUUGGCCUAGGAGCAGACUUCAAAGACGUUUGUUUGCCGGGUACAUGUGGUUCCCUUCUAGCAGUUCAAUUAAUUACUCACAUGCUCAUCAAACCUUUGCCGAAAUUUACGAGUGAUAUUGUGAUACCAUCUGUAGUGCGAAUAUUCCGACUGAGGAAGUGGUAUCACCAAGAUCGCCAGAACAUGAAGGAUAUGAUGAACGAGGGUGAUGAGACUAAUGUGCUUGUGCGAGAAUGGUUGAAGCCAAAAGCGGAGCAGUUUACACAUGGCGAAUUCAACGAGAAAAUCAUACUUUUUGGGACUACCAUGAUGUUCGCUGCUCUUUUUCCUUUGGCGCCUUUGAUUGCUCUCAUAAUUGGGCUGAUAGACCUUCGCAUAGAUGCUCUUCGUCUCCUAUGGUUUAACAGGCGGCCAGUCCCAGUCAUGGCGCAAGGUAUCGGCAUUUGGCUGCCCAUUCUCUAUUUUCUGCAGUAUGCGGCUGUCAUGACCAAUGCCUUCAUUAUUGCCUUUACCUCGGAUUUCUGCUCGAACUUUUUCAGCGACUUGAUGUACUGCGACAUCAAGAAUCGGCUUCUGAUUGUUAUUGUAUUUCAGAAUAUGGUUUUUAUACUGAAGUACGUCUUUCAAAGUAUCAUACCCACUAUACCUGCUUCUAUACGGGUAGCACAAAGAAGGAAACGCUAUGUGGUGAACUACGUGAUCGAAAAAGGAGAUGUUCCGUAUCGAAUCAAAAAUAGGAGAAGGACGCGAAAUGCUAAGCUAGCUUGGAUAGUAUCGCGUGCCAAAGGAGGAACGGGUCCUAAACUCAUCCCAAAAAUCAAAGUGGAUGCCUUGAACGAAGCUUCUCCAUCAUCAGCAUAA